AGACACUGAGGACACCCAGGCGAGGGAAAAUCAAAGGGCGAAGAGCAGAGGCCGCGGGCACACGAGCCUGCCGAAGACUGCAGUGGACCGGUGCGCUCUCCCGCCGCUACACGCUACCCUCAACCCCUCGCUCGUAAUAUCUCCAGUAUUGCUACGGGCCUUUCACCAUAGUACAGGGAAGAGCCACGAGUGGAAAUCUGACCUUACAGAUACGGUCAUUAUAGCGAACCAAUAGUCAGAACCUUACACUAACUGUCAGUCAGCUGACUCAGAUAUCCUGAAGGCCUACACUCGCAUCCGGCUACACAUUCACACCAACAAUUAAGAUGGCAACACCGGAGGCGAACCUGACGGGCGUGCGCGGGUCCGGGGACGUGAGCCCCGGGCACGCCCCGCCUCGACACCUCCACAACUUCAACACCUUCCAGUUCGUAUCCCAGUUGGUCUCCGCCACGCCCCCGUACCUCUUCAACAUGUCGGCGCCAUUCCCAGGCAACUUCUUCAGUGACCUACUGCGUCGCAUGGCUCCCCGCGCGGGCACGCCCGGGCUGCCCCCUGAUCAGACCCUGCAGCAGCACAUCCGGGCGGCCCUGCUGGCCAAGAGCGCACCCCCUCCCCCGCCCUCGCUGCCGCCCACGGUCAUGCCGCCGCCGCUGGACCUGGCCGCAGCCACCCACCGCUCGCCAGGCCCGCCGCAGCACCAUCAUGAGAAGGGCAUCAAACGCUCGCUCUUCUCAGACGUGUCGGCGCUCAGCUCUAGCGAGGACGAGGGCGGCGCCAAGAGACCCCGCCUGGAGAGUGAGGGGCGGGAGGCAGACAAGCACCCCCCUGAGGGCCUGCCUGCCCCCUUCCUCAUGCAGGCGCCAUUCCUGCCCACUUCAAUACCCCCUCCACACGACAUACUCAGCCCAUGGUCCGCUAGGGCGUCGCUCCUCCGCCCGCAGGUGCCCAUGGCUGCCCAUGUGCCGCCCACGCCCCUGGACCCAUACCGUCUCCUGCUGGACCUGCGACUGGCCGGCCAGCUGCGCACCAUGGCCGCCACACAGGCUCUCCACAAUAAAGACACUCCUAUAGGUGGAGGGGGCGGGGGCGGGCUGAGCCUCCACCCACCCAUAUCUUCCGCCCACUCGCCCCUCACAUCGCACAAGUCUCUCUCCUCACGCAACUCGCCGCCCCUGCAGGAGUCACGCUCCCCACGGGACGACCCGCCCCCGGUGUCCGGGCCAGGUAGUAUGGGCGUCCUACACGGCGGCGACGACAGAGUGUCCGCCUUCCACCCGCCCUCACGCCCACACCCCGACCCGGCCGACACCAGCGAUGAGGACACAGGUGACCGCCGCAGCUGUAGCCGGAGCAGCAGCGGCAGCGGCAGCAGCAGUGCCAGGGAGGGGCUGGGGCCUCAGUACAUCUUUAAGCACCUCACUCAGAUAUACCGCACCAUCGACGGUCACAAGGUAGAGGGCAGCGAGGGUGUCGACGACCACCGCCACGACGAGGGCCGCAAGGACGCGCCCCCGGGCUCUCCUGACGGCAGCAGGGGAGGCAGCCGGAGUGACGGCCGUGCCGAGGGACAGCCCCAACAGGAGUCUCGAUCAGAUGUGGGGCGCGACGACGGCCGUACCAAGGAGGGUUGAUGGCCGUCCAUGUGGUGGACCCCGUUUCAGUCAACACCGUGGGAGGGAGCCCGUGGGCCCCCCUACCACCCCACGGGGGCCCCCACAGCCUCCUACACACCCACGGGUGUAUAAUACAAUACAUGUUGCCAAAAGAAACCCGGAGCCAAAGCUCACCUUUCAUGAUACAUCCUCACUUUCUCACCUUCAAUGUCAUACUAUUGUUUGUCAUCAUUUGCGCUUCAAUGUUUUACUGAGUUCAUCGUGCUGACGUCUGUGACGUCACGGAAACAACGCGCUCCCCUUUGGAAAUAAUCUCGCUAGUUAUUCAGUGUUCAGUGUAUAGCCCACUAAGAGAAAUAAAUGUCCGUUUUUAUUACUUUCAUCCAUUUUUGAUCAUUCUUUAGAUGCCAAAAAAGUAGUGUAGAUGUAUAGAGAUCCUUAUGUAUAUGAAUUAUGUCUCCCAUGUACGCCAGACAGCCGGAUGUGAUGGGCUUACUGGAGGCUUACUGGAGGCUUACCGGAGGCAUACGCACCUUUAGCAAGGGACGAGAAACAGGCUGUCACGGGCCAGAUCUAACGAAUUUACGUCACACACUUUCAAUGCAUUCUGGAAUACUGUGCUUGCUUCCCACAAUCAGGCAACUCUUGUCUGUUGGCUGAACCUACCGGCCCUGAGGUCACUAAUUAAGCCUGCAUGGCUUGGUGGAUGUGACAUCAGAGCUAGGCCAUAUCCUGAGUUACCUGUGCAUGCCUGGCUGCCCUUCCCCCCUUUACUCUACCCUAGACUCGGCCUUUUCAGACUUUCAUAAGCUAAAUUUGGUUCUUCCUAUCACGUGGGAAAUCAGCAAAGCUUAGUAUCUGUGAACGAGUGUUUUAAUUGACCAAACUGUGAAGAACUAUCGAGCUAUUGAAGUCGUAAUUUUAAACUAUAGCAGCUAAUGUUUCAUGGACUAUCUUGCAGUGAUAUUACAAAUAUAAACUGAUGCUUCCGCAUUAAUUGGAAUUAUACCCAAUUAUAAUUCUGUUUUGCGUUUAGCCUAUGAAAAAGAAUAUUGAGACGAAUACAAAGAAUAGCGUCCGCAACACAACGGAUGUAAACAAGGUCAACUUCAAGUAUGUUUAUUGAGAUAAGCAAUAAAUACAUCUCAAAGGGAUAGAGUAGCUUAGGCUAUUUCUACCCCCACAGGAUGUAAACAAUGCCCGAGUCCGUGAGUAUGCUUCUCUGCAAGUUAUUUUUUAAGACUGACGCUAAAAAAGUGUUACUUCUGCUUCAUAGAUAUAUAAAAUACAUCAAUGGCUACUGAAUUCCAGAUAUUCUUUGCUACAUGUAUGAAAACGUACACUACAAAUGAACACUUCAGAGGCUAUCACCAAAACGUGGCUAAAAGAACAAACCCCAACGUUAAAACAAAGUUGUUGC